AUUUAACUUGUACAGACCAAGUGUCCUUAUGGCCGUGAUAAUGCUAAGCUAAUGCUACGCCGCCAACCUUUCACACUCCUUCCUCAGUAUUGUGGUUGACUUUUCAACCUUUCACCUGGACGGGUGUCACCUGGACGGGUGUCACAUAGACAGGUGUCACCUGGACGGUGUCACAUAGACAUGUGUCACGUGGACAGGUGUCACCUGGAUGGGUGUCACGUGGACGGUGUCACAUAGACAUGGGUCACGUGGACGGGUGUCACCUGGACGGGUUUCACAUGGACGGGUGUCACCUGGAUGGGUGUCACCUGGAUGGGUGUCACGUGGACAGGUGUCGUGUGGACAGGUGUCACCUGGACGGGUGUCACAUGGAUGGUUGUCACAUGGACGAGUGUCACGUAGACAGGUGUCAUGUGGACGGGUGUCACCUGGACGGGUGUCACAUGGACGGGUGUCACCUGGACGGGUGUCACAUGGACGGGUGUCACGUGGACGGGUGUCACCUGGACGGGUGUCACAUGGACGGGUGUCACCUGGACAGGUGUCACCUGGACGGGUGUCACAUGGACAGGUGUCACCUGGACGGGUGUCACAUAGACAGGUGUCACGUGGACGGGUGUCACAUAGACAGGUGUCACCUGGACGUGUGUCACAUGGACAGGUGUCACGUGGACAGGUGUCACCUGGACGGGUGUCACAUGGACGAGUGUCACCUGGAUGGGUGUCACCUGGAUGGGUGUCACCUGGACGAGUGUCACGUGGACGGGUGUCACGUGGACGGGUGUCACCUGGAUGUGUGUCACCUGGACGGAUGUCACAUAGACAGGUGUCACGUGGACGGGUGUCACAUAGAUGGGUGUCACCUGGACGGGUGUCACAUGGACAGGUGUCGCCUGGACGGGUGUCACCUGGACAGGUGUCACAUGGACGGGUGUCACCUGGACGGGUGUCACAUGGACGGGUGUCACAUAGACGGGUGUCACCUGGACGGGUGUCACAUGAUUGGGUGUCACAUGGACGAGUGUCACAUAGACAGGUGUCAUGUGGACGGGUGUCACCUUGACGGGUGUCACCUGGACGGGUGUCACAUGGACAGGUGUCACAUGGACAGGUGUCACCUGGACGGGUGUCACAUAGACAGGUGUCACGUGGACGGGUGUCACAUAGACAGGUGUCACCUGGAUGGGUGUCACAUAGACAGGUGUCACAUGGACGGGUGUCACCUGGAUGGGUGUCACAUAGACAGGUGUCACGUGGACGGGUGUCACCUGGAUGGGUGUCACAUGGACGGGUGUCACAUAGACGGGUGUCUCGUGAACGGGUGUCACCUGGAUGUGUGUCACCUGGACAGGUGUCACAUGGAUGGGUGUCACCUGGACAGGUGUCACCUGGACGGGUGUCACCUGGACGUGUGUCACCUGGACAGGUGUCACCUGGACGUGUGUCACCUGGACGUGUGUCACAGGGGACUGCAAAAUGUGUCAACUUGUCGUUAGCCGUCGCUAGUUAGCCUCGCCUUUUUAAUAUUAAUGUGAAAACAAAACAGUAUAAUCAUUAAACUAUUCCUAUCAAUCGUGCCGGAGAUUUUUGUAAGCAUUGUGUGUUUAUUUUAUUCAAUGUGUCACGCAGAAAAGAAACAAGGUAAAUAAAAAUGCAGUGUAAAUUAUCGCGGGGAAAACUUUUUUGCAAAAAAAUGAGUUGCUUGGUGAGUAACAAUCGCAAAUUGUUUGAGAUCAGCAAAUAUUAGCUUGCUUGGAAUUAAAGUGUUUUAUAUUUGAUGCUAGCAUGAAUUUAUGGUCAGAUAAUAUAAAUGACUCGGCUAAAAGAAGAUUAAGAAAGUUAUUAUAUUGUUAAAACAAAAAAACGCCUUAAAUUGGAGUUUUUCUUUGCCUUCAAGUGCCUUCUGCCCAACAAAAGACCAAACUGUGUUGCCUUGACCAAAGUAAACAAACAAAAUGGCCGCCUGACAUGAAAGUGUUCUUAAUGUUUGCUUGGUUUAGUUCUUUGAAUAAAAACUACUUUGCAACUGCA